GCGUAACAUGGCAGCUGUGACAAACGUCUUUGGUUCUCUUUAAUAAAAUUAAAAUAAAAAAAAAAAAGUGCUUUUUCUCUCUAACUGUGUUAAAGUGGUAAUUAAAUUAAAAAAAAAAUCACUAUGAACUGAAUUUACCAAUAAAUUCCACAUUAACAUUUUCAUUAAAUAAAAAGAAAGAUAAAAGAAGUAAAACUCCUAUGCCAAAUGUGGAUUAAUCAGUGAAAGUUGAUUUUUUAUUUCUUUGCAACCAGAAAAAAAUUGAUUUUGAUUUGCAUUGCAAAGAAAUUACACGAAAAUGGGGCUGCUGAUUUCAAAACUUUGGAGCAUGUUUGGCAAUGAGGAACAUAAAUUAGUUAUGGUUGGCUUGGAUAAUGCCGGAAAGACGACAAUUCUAUAUCAGUUUUUGAUGAACGAAGUGGUGCACACUAGCCCAACAAUCGGCUCUAAUGUAGAAGAAGUAGUCUGGAGGAAUAUACACUUUUUAGUAUGGGAUUUAGGUGGUCAACAAAGUUUGCGUGCUGCAUGGAGUACAUAUUAUACCAACACAGAGUUCAUUAUUAUGGUUAUUGACUCUACGGAUCGAGAGCGUUUAGCUGUAACAAGAGAAGAAUUAUAUCGAAUGUUGCAACACGAAGAUCUAUGUAAAGCUAGUCUACUCGUAUAUGCAAAUAAACAAGACUUAAAGGGUUCAAUGUCAGCUGCUGAAAUUUCAAGACAAUUGGAUUUAACCUCAAUUAAAAAACAUCAGUGGCACAUACAAGCGUGUUGUGCGUUAACAGGCGAAGGACUUUACCAGGGAUUAGAAUGGAUUGUUCAGCGCAUCAAGAAAAAAUGACAGACAUAUCCCGAUCGCGGUAGUUUAUAGCUAGUUGAAAAUAACUGAAAAUCAAUUACUAUUAAAUUAUUAACACUAGAAUUAAAUUUUUAGCGUAUUGUAUACUUUAUUUCUAAUAUUUUUUUUUAAUUUCUACAUGACACGAUGGUUAUGGUCAUCGUUUGUCUAACAUCAUUAAACGAUUAAUUCUUAGCUUAAAAUAUAUAUAUUUUUCUAUUACUAUGUAAAUUGAAAAUAUUGUAAAAAACAAAUUUGUUAACUAAAAAAAAAUAAUAAAAAAAAAAAACAUCGUGCAGUUAACAGAGUUUCAAACAAAUAAACAUAUACAAAAUGAUAUUUUUCAAAAAUAAAAAAUAAUAAUAAUAAUAUUGUAAUUUAUUUAACAGUAUGUGAUUUAAAUUUGUCUCCGCAGUUUUUUUUUAAAUGAUUUAUUCAUAUUUUUUUUAAUAAACAAAUUUUAAAUUUGA